GUGUUGCGGUCAACGGACAGCUAAUCAGAUCUAAGCACAAAAGAAAAUUCAACACCUACUUCGGCGUCGUCUCCGUCUACUACCAGCCGGACGGGGUCAGCGUGACGGUCAGCACCGACAGCAUCGCCAUGACCGACGGCAGCAACAACCACACCUUCACCUGGCAGGCCACGGCCGACAUCACGCAGGACGGGGUGAGGAUCUCCAUCGUGAGGAACUCUCAGGUCACCAUCACGAUAAACAAUAACAUCCAGGUGAUGGUGCUGCUUCACCGUGUGUGGAAGAAAAAUCCGGUUAACGUCGACUUCCUGGGUGUUUACAUCCCCAACAACAACCAGUACUCUCCUCUGGUCCACGGACUCAUAGGGCAGUUUUCCAGAGAGCCUUUGCCUGAGGUGAGCGUGUACGACAUCCACGAAGGAGCUGAUCCUCUGAAGAAGGAGGCCACCAUGGAGGUGAAGGGCAACAAGCUGCUUGUCACCAGGGGCUGGCAGAAGGACUACCGACGCGACACGAGGCGCGGCUCCAACGUCUACUGCUGGUUCAUUCACAACAGCGGGAAGGGCUUCAUCGACGGCCACUACACCGACUACAUCGUCCCGGAUCUAGACAGCUUCCUCCAGAUGCCCUGAGCAGCAGCAGCAGCAGCAGCACACAUUCAGUACGGUGUGCUGCUGUUAUUACCAGCAGCAAUGUUAGUAGAAAUACAACCACUUUAAAGAGCAAGAAAAAAAAAACAUGUCACUUUUUUGUCACACUGCAUUUCUUAGUAAUUUUCAUACAAACACUAUUUUCCACAGAAGUUCCUUUUUAUCAAAUUUAUUUGGACAAAAUGUACAACGUUGGGAUCGACUUGAAUAUUGAGACAAAAAUAAAAGGAAACUAAACAAACCGAA